AUGAUUAUACCAAUUUUCAUGGCUUUCUACAGUAUUCCUUGCUUAUUUUUUCUAUUCAAAAUCACAUUUUUCUACUUCUCCCGCAAUAAAGCUAUCAAAGAAGCUUCCCUGGAUUUGGAGCUUUUUCAACUAUUUCUAUUCAUGCAGUUUUCUAAUUUCAUUCUAAUUUUUGCGGAUUUUCUAAUUUUUCGAAUUCCAUUUACAGGAAUUUUCACAAAUUUUUGUAUUCUUUGGAACCCACAAUUCUUCAUGGAAAGCUUCGUGUUUUUGUUCUAUUUUGGAUUUUAUACAUCUCAAAUGUUUACACCUUUGUUUUGCGGAGCGCGAGUAGCAAUUAUGUAUAAUUUGAGCAAACGGAAACUGAGAAAAAUUGUAAAAAUAACAUCAUGUGCAAUUAUGUUUUCCGGAUUUCUUCUGGCUCUACCUCACUUUUUAGCUCGAGGAGAGUGCAUUCAAGUGGAUAAACCUCUUCCGUUUGGUUCAAUUUUUAUCACUUCAAGCAUUCAUUUUAAUCAUUUUCAAAAAAUCGGAUUCGGCAACUUUGUUCUAAACGUUUUUAUUACGGCAUCAAUAAUUUUUCUAAACUGCCUAAUGGUCCAAAAAAUCAGACAAAGGAAAUUAAUAAAUGUCCGAAGUUCGAACCUGAAAAUUGAGCGAACUCUAACAGGGACUAUGAUUAUUUUACUGUUCCCUCUCAUCAUGAAUCUUUUGGUAGCGAAGAGCACCCAAACUGUCAAGUUUGAGCUCAAUUAUCUCAAUUCCUAUGGAAGUUCCUAUUGA